AUGGAGUGCUGCAUGUCAGAAGAAGCAAAGGAACAAAAAAGAAUCAAUCAAGAAAUAGAGCGGCAACUCCGAAAGGAUAAGCGCGAUGCCAGAAGAGAGCUCAAAUUGCUCUUGCUUGGCACUGGUGAGUCCGGCAAAUCAACAUUCAUCAAACAGAUGAGAAUCAUUCACGGGUCGGGUUACAGCGACGAGGACAAACGUGGCUUCAUCAAGCUGGUCUACCAAAACAUCUUCAUGGCAAUGCAGAGUAUGAUACGAGCUAUGGAUCUACUCAAAAUACAAUACGGAAAUCCGUCCAAUGCGGAAAAGGCGGAGUUGAUAUCAUCAAUCGACUAUGAGAGCGUUACAACGUUCGAAAGUCCGUAUGUCGAAGCUAUAAAGGCUCUAUGGGCAGACGCUGGCAUACAGGAGUGCUAUGACCGCAGGCGAGAGUAUCAGCUAACUGAUUCUGCCAAAUAUUAUUUAAGUGAUUUGGCAAGAAUUGAGAGUGACGGUUAUCUACCAACUGAGCAAGAUAUCCUCCGCGCUCGACAACCCACUACCGGCAUACUUGAAUAUCCUUUCGAUUUAGAUGGAAUCAUAUUUAGAAUGGUGGAUGUCGGGGGGCAGAGAUCCGAGAGAAGGAAGUGGAUCCACUGUUUCGAAAACGUCACAUCUAUCAUAUUCUUAGUAGCUCUUAGUGAAUAUGAUCAAAUUUUAUUCGAAUCGGAAAACGAGAAUCGAAUGGAAGAAUCAAAGGCGUUGUUUAAGACGAUCAUCACGUAUCCAUGGUUCCAGCAUUCGUCGGUUAUUCUAUUUUUGAACAAAAAGGAUUUGCUUGAAGAGAAGAUCAUGUAUUCCCAUCUCGUAGACUACUUCCCAGAGUAUGAUGGACCAAAAUGUGAUCCGAUCCCAGCAAGAGAAUAUAUACUUCAGAAAUAUCUGAAAGAGAACCCCGAUCCGGACAGACAGUGCUAUUCACAUUUCACUACAGCCACAGACACUGAAAAUAUUAAAUUAGUGUUUUGUGCCGUAAAAGAUACUAUAAUGCAGACCGCCCUUAAAGAAUUUAAUUUAGCA